GUCUGGAUUUAAAAUAAUGUAUUUACUAAAGGGUGCUCCCAUAUUGGAAUCAAGUUCAACUGCCUGAAGAUAAAACUUUUCCAAUUUACGUCCAAAGUUGAAUUCUAUCUAAAAAGACAAAACAAAACCACGAUGUGCAUUGUUCACGAAGUGCUUUAAAUCGAGUUCUUCACUUAUUAAAUAGCAGCCAAACAUCUACCGUAGGGUGUUGGUGGUGGAAGAAAAUUGUAGCCAUGUUUGAUAGGGGUCCUUUCGGCUGUAGCCACGCAGCAGCCCGCCCGCCGGCCCGCCAGUCGGAGGAGGAGGACGCGACGUCGAGAGAGCCGCACGCCCGGUGCUCGAGUUCGUUAGACGGCUACUUGAAACAUCACCACCCGAGCUGUUCAGCACCGGAGGGUUCAGAUGCCCAACCUUUGCAUUUGCUACAUUCUCAAACGAUUGAACAAUGUGACACCAGAAGGAGGCAGCUGCACUCCCAAUGGUCCACAAGCUCACCUCCCUUGAGUAGAAUGUACUUGAUGAACGCGCCCACUGUCGCAGCGCCUCGCACAGAGUGGAGAGCAUGCGGACCGCCCGGGGGCUAUAGCAUUCCCGUCUGCUUCAAUGACUCGGAUGCCGAGUUGUCCGCUCGGGGUUCUUCUAUCUCAAAUAAGGUCCAGAUGAUCAUAGAGAGCCUGAGGAGCAGUCAGUCCUCACUCGAUAUGAGCGAAGAGGUGGUGACGAAUGCGCUUCAGAGACAGGACGGGCCUCCCCAGGCUUGUAAGACAGCGGCGGGCCCCCUCGUGACAGCCAAGUCCAAAACCAAAAAGCGUCCGGCCGGUGUUCUUUUGAAGGACCGCGACCAGAGCAGCGAUAGCGAUGACUCUGUGGACAAAGGAAUCGAGGAGGCCAUCCUCCAAUACCUGAAGGAGAAAGACGGCCACAAGCGCGAGGCAGAACUUUUCGUUCGGUCGUCCAGGCAAACCGUUCCUGAAAUAAAGUCCGAAAGCCAGGCCUUUUCCAUCGUGAGAAGCCGCUUUCCCAAAAGCGUCAUCCGAGCGACACCGGCAACGGUACCCGUGAAAAAGUACAUUAAACACAAGGCCUCGCUCCACGAGGCCGCUCUCAGGAACUCCGAGUUGGGGCGCGUUAUGCUGCGAGAUCAGUCGACGAACACCGUAAAGCCAAGCGGCCUGGUACGCAAGAUCAAAGGGGAGGACGUUCGCAACGACUCCAGCAGCAGCAGCGACGACGGCAUUGAGGAGGCCAUCCAGAAGUACCAGCUGGAGAGGAUUGAGCAGCAGACGAGGGGGGACCUUUUCAAACCGCUCGCUUCUGUGGAAGAAUCGCACUCCUCGAGCGACGACGGCAUCGAGGAGGCCAUUCGCAGCUAUCAGCUGGAGCAACUCCGAGAGAAGUGUGCCCCCAAACCACAAGACAAGUCAGGGUCCUGCGCCUCCGGAAGUUCCGGCCUUGACGAUGCUAAAGGACACCAACCCCAAAAGAAACAGAAACGGGCGCAGAAAGGCGCCAAAUUGGUCCAACCGCCGUCUCCGACUCACUUGGCCGACUCGCUCAGCAUCGAGCAGAGAAGCCAAGGCAACGGUUUGCCCUCCUUACGAGUCGAAAGCUUUGCUGAGCAGCCUCCGCCGGCCCUCCCCAAAGCCAAUACCACCGCCGAGCUGAUGUGCGCCGAAGCAAUACUGGACAUCUCCAAAACGGUCAUGCCCGGAGCCUUCAUGUCCCAUCUGGACGUCGGGCCGAGCGUCUGCGCCCCCGCCGGACUCGCGCAACGAUCCACGACUCCGGAGCGGGACAGCGAUGCCUGCGGCUCAGUCGACAGCGAAGAUGGGAUCGAGCAAGAAAUUAUGAAAUUUCUCGAGCAGAAGGCGCAAAUGCUCAAACGUUCACCCGGAGAACCAUCGACGAUGACGGCGCGAGAAGCAAGUCGGGGCAAAACCCCCAGGUUGUCCUUCACAAAGAGGCGGAAACACAAAGACAAUACGAGCUCCCGCACGUCCGCGCUCGAUCCGUCUUCCAAACCUCCCAAGGCAAAAAGCCCGCCGGUGGCCUCGCCGAGAUCGCGGGACAAAACGGAGCAAAGCGGAGACAAGAGCAGCUCACUGGACAGCGACGAGGAUCUCGACACUGCCAUCAAAGCCCUCCUCAAGACAAAGAAGAAGUCGAAGAAGAUGACCAGGUCGCAGCGCGAUUCCAGAAAGCGCCCGGUGCCGGAAGCGGAACGGUCGCGACCGUGCGCCAAAAAGGCACACCUUGGUGCCGCGGCCGAGCUGACCGUUUCCAAAAAGGCCUACAAAAGGAAGAGCCGCUCCAAAGACGCGCGGGGACCAGCCGAAAAGACGGCUGCGCCAAACGCGCCCAUCGAGAAGAGACGGGCGAACUGUGGGGCCAAUGCGGUCCGAGGCCUCCCGCCCGCAAUUGCUCAGCAGAUCAAAGAAGAGAGCAGCUCGGUAGAUAGCGACGACAGCAUCGAGCAGGAGAUCCGGAAGUUCCUGGCCGAGAAGGCCGAGAAGGUCACGAUCGGGGAGGCGGAGGCGCCCAGCAACGGCACCGCCCCCGUGCGACGUGACCUCGAGUGGGAAGAUCAGCUGGCUGAGAUUCCGAGACAAAGCGCCAGACCUGCGGCCGCGACGCCCGACGGCUCGGCGCUCGCUCCGCAUCGCUCCCCCGGCCCCGGGAGCUCGGCGCGCUCGGCUCGAGCCGAGCAAAAGCCUCCGACGCCCGCCGGGGCCGACGACGGACUAACCGAAAAGGUCCCGGCCGUGGAUCAGUCCAUCAAGUGGCGCCAAAGUUUCGGCCUUCCCAUCGUCGACCCAAAAAGUUUCGGCCGAACGCAGUUUCAUAUCAGCUCGUCCAAAAUGAGCGCUUCUCCGUCAGCGGCGUCUUCGUGUCAAGGCAAGGCCGGCGAACUCAAACGUCCCACGCCGGCCUCCCUCUGGUCUUCUGCGAGACGCUCGUGGUCCGCGGCGAAACCCCCCGCGAUGAGCCCCGCUUUCAACCCCUUCUCCGUCGCGCUUUCCGCCGGGCGGCAUCCGGGCGCCGCCAGCACGGUGCACGUGCCGCGGGACAAGAGCGUGUUUGUCGAACUGGAGUCGGGGCGGACCAACCACGUCCAGGUGCAGAGCAGGCAGAGCGAUGAGGGAAAGGCCAGGGCAGACGAGGGCAGAGCCGCCAGAGACGCCGGACUCGAAGGAGCUGAGGAGGAGUUUAUAGACCAGUCAGAGGGUGAGAGUCCAGAGAAGAAGCAGAGCACUUUGUCCCUGUCGUGCGCCAUCGACCCCGGCAUCGUCGUUCAGCCGUGCAUCGCGCUUUCCACGGAAGAGCGCAGCAGCAUGUUCCAGAGGAGAUACCGAAAAGAGACCACCAAGUUGCUAAACGUGAAAAGAAGGCUGCAGUUUGUUCCGACACACAGGAAGCUCACCGAAACCUGAGCGCUCUUUACCCGUUGAACACAUUGAUGUGAUGAUUAAGGUUGGUUUCAUUUCCAAAUGAACGUCGCGGUUGCACAUUUGUCGCCGUUGGUCCGUGGGGGAUGAGAAUUUUCUGUCUUGGUGUUCCUCUUUCUUCCGUUUGGAACGUGACCCUUCCAUCCCCGUUGCUGCCUUGUUGUGUGUUGCCUUUGGAUGGUUUGGCUUAUCUCUUGUUGACAAUCCAUCUGUUGCUCUUAUAGGACAGAACCAAUGCUUGUUUCUUGACCCAAAUUUUCACCCAAAAUGACUCUCACACAAAAUCACCAAAUAUAUAAAUAAAUAUUUCCUUUGCAGCUGUGA